AUGCCAAACGCCACAACCUCCUCCGGCGAGAAGCCUUCAAACUCCUCCAAUGUGCCCAACCCAACGACGGACCCCUCUAUCCCAACCUCAGGCAGUGCGCAAGCUACUCACACGCCAAACCCACCAAAGACGAAGACAGAAGCUGAAGAAGCCGCUGAUAGGUUAUACGAGGAACGAAUCGAGGAGGAAUAUGCUAAGAGGGAGGGUGGCGCAUAA